AUGGCGGGCGCGGUGCGGCAGCCUAUUGACGAGAAGGCGUUUGGAAAGUUUCUAGAGGAGAAUGUACCGAUAAUCAAGACACCGGUUGAUCUGAAGCAGGCAACUAACCUGGCUUUGUUACUCCAGUUCGGCUUCGGUCAAUCCAACCCAACAUACCAAAUCACCGACGCCGCCGGCAACCGCUACGUGAUGCGCAAGAAGCCCCCCGGAAAGCUCAUCUCCAAGACGGCGCACAAGGUCGAGCGCGAGUACCGCGCGCUGCACGCCCUCGAGGCGACCGACGUGGCCGUGCCCAAGACGUACUGCCUCUGCGAGGACGACUCGGUGAUUGGCACGCCGUUUUACAUCAUGGAGUUUCUGGACGGGCGCAUCUUUGAGGACUUUUUGAUGCCCGGCGUCGCGAGCCCGGCGGAGAGGACGGCGCUGUGGAAGGAGGCCAUCCAGACGCUGGCGAGGCUGCAUGCCGUGGACGUGCACAAGGUCGGGCUGGACAAGUUUGGCAAGGCGACGGGGUUUUACAGCAGGCAGACGCAGACGUGGGCGACGAUUUGCAUCAGCCAGAGCAAGGCGGUGGAUGUUGAGACGAAGGAGCCGGUGGGACAGCUGCCGCAUUUCGAUGAGCUGGUGGGCUUCUUUCAGAAUGAGAGGCUGCAGCCCAAGGAUAGGACGACGCUGGUGCACGGGGACUUUAAGAUUGACAACUUGGUUUUUCACAAGACGGAGCCCCGGGUGAUUGGCAUCUUGGACUGGGAAAUGUCUACGAUAGGCCACCCCCUGUCCGACGUGUGCAACUUCAUCACGCAGUUCUACCUCGCCCGCUCGCCCGGCACGUCGGCGUCGAGCAGCAGCGCCGGCUUCCUGCCCGGCGCGACGCCCGGCCUGCCGCAGCCCGAGGACAUUUUGCAGUGGUACACGGCGAUUGCGGGCUACGACCCGCGGCCGGAGCUCAGCUGGGGCGCGGCCUUUAACAUCUUCAAGCUGGCGGGCGUGUGCCAGGGCAUUGCGGCGCGGGUGGCGGCGCGGCAGGCGAGCAGCGCAAAGGCGAAGCAGCAUGCUGAUACGAGGGGGUUGCUGGGGGAGUUUGCGUGGGUGUUGGCGGAGGAGGCGAGGGCUGGAUCUGCGGUGAAGGAGGCCAACGCGCCAAUUCUCAUGACAGAACGGCGGCGGCGGCUCAGAAUCCCCGGCGAACCCGACGAGCGCCGUCCGCUGCUCAGCAGGCUUUCCACCGAGCGCGCGGACAAUGGCGAGCACGUCUUCAGCUGCCGGACGAACCCUCACAGCGAGCUGCCCGUGUACACAAACAUCCACCGCAUCCGGCGCGACAUUGUGAGCGUGGUGGAGGAUUAUCUAACGCUGGAGCAGCUGCGGGAUGUCAAGAUUAAUGUGACGGUCAUCCGGCCGCUCGUGGAUAAGUUUUAUGAGCUGGGCGAUGAAUCCAUCGUGUACUGCUUGCUCGUCAACAGAGCACAAUUCCUAGACGAAGAAUCCCGGUCCAGCAACCGGCAAAACGUCAACUGGACCCGUGCCACGCUGUGUGAGCUCAUCGCCACGCGCAUCCUGCGGCGUUUCGGCGAGGAUCACGACGGCGGCGCAGAGGGGCUGCUCUUGCUGGCACACAUCCUGGUUGCCGGCUUCGAGCCGUUCCAGCACGCGCCGACCCAUGUACGAGAAGAAGCCGAAGACAAGGCCUGGUGGUCGACUCACCGGACGCUGCCGGCGCUCGAGGUCGCCAUCCUGACUGAGAGCAGACACUUUCUCAGCUCGACGACGUGUCAGAGGGUUGUGGCGGCCAUUUACGAGGGCCGUGUGAUUUACACGCCGUCCACGUCGUGGGACAUCAUUCCGGAUCACUACAAGCUGAAGCCCAUUUCGCUGUAUGAUCCGCGGGAAUCGCCGCUGCUGAACCAGUAUCGUCUGAUUGUGCCGAGGACGCGCAACUACCUGGAGGCGAUCCAGUUUACCAUCUUGCUGGGGCUGUAUGCUUCUGUCAUGACUAUGCGGAGGAAUGGCGAGAUUCCCCUGCUGGAGGCGGCGUUUUCGAUAUAUGCCUUUGGUUGGAGCCUGGACCAGUUUGCCACGAUUCUGGCGCAUGGAUGGAAUGUGUAUACGCAAAACCUCUGGUCCUUCCUCGAUGUCACCUUCAUCUUCCUCUUUGUCAUCUACAGCAGCCUGCGGAUUCAUGGACUGAGAACCGGUUUACCAGGGCCCACCGAGCAGGCCUUUGACGUCUUGGCAUUGGCGGCGCCUGUGCUCGUCCCUCGUUUGGCGUUCAACUGGCUGUCUGAUAACCUGGUCUUCUUGGCGUUGAGGUCUAUGAUGGCGGAUUUCUUCUUGCUCACGGCGCUUUCGGCGUGGUGCUUCUUUGGCUUUUUGCUGUCUUUGCUGUGGCUGGGAGAGGGAGCUCAUCCACUGCUUACGAUUUCAAAGUGGAUGAUAUACAUCUGGUUUGGGCUGGAUGGUACUGGCAUUCACCGAUCGGUGGAAUUCCACUGGUUGCUGGGACCCAUCGUCAUGAUCUCAUUUGCUUUUCUAGGCAACACCCUCUUCCUCACCAUCCUCGUUUCCAUGUUAUCCAACACGUUUAGCAACAUCUCGAGCAACGCCACCGCCGAAAUCCACUUCCGAAAGGCCGUCCGCACUCUAGAGGGUGUCAAGGCAGACGCCGUCUUUGCUUAUCAACCUCCCUUCAAUCUCGUUGCCGUUUUCCUUCUCUUGCCGCUGAAAUUCGUCGUCAGUCCGCGAUGGUUUCACAAAAUCCACGUUGCCACCGUUCGUCUAGUCAAUCUCCCCUUACUGCUGCUCAUCGCCGUUGCCGAGCGCCGUCUUCUCUGGCCGACGGACGACUUUGAGGGUAUAUCGCUGGCCCGAAAAUGGUUCUGGCAGAAAUGGCAGCUCUCAGCCUACCAGUACAUCCGAGCCGUGUUCGACGUGCCGCCUCCGGACGAUGUGCACGACGACAUUGCCGUGGACGAUGACCUGACGCACCAUCUCAUCCGGAGACAGUACCAGCGGCAGGAAUCGCAACAUACCAUACGGAAAGCCUCGCGCCGAGACUCCAUGUUUGAGAUUCCUCCAAAGCUGCGGGGCUCGCUUACGGAAACGGGCGAAGACUACGCAGAGAUGGCGAGUAGACUGGCAGCGAUGGAGAAGGCCAUGGAGCGGAUGGAGGAGAUGCUCUCGAGGCUGGUGACGCCACAGAGUGACAUUGAAGAGAGCGAUACACUGCCUGUGGGGGAUGGUACCACUCUGGACUCGACCUUUAGAGGGCAGGAAUCGAAUUUUUGAAAGGAAGUGAAUUUGUUGGAAAUUGCUGGAGCAUUUAAAUAGCGACUUUAUGUUUACGUUGAGUGGACACCAUGCCUUCUGAUGGUUCAUUUCUCAUCUUUUUUUUUUUUUUUUUUUUUGCAUUGAACAUCGGAG